AUGAGAGCUCUGUCGGAAAGCCAUGAGAGUGACGCGUUCGCGGUGAGCCCGAGCUAUAACCAGCAGUACGCGAACUUUUACUAUAUGCGUCUUCAAAUGCUCAAACAGGCGGUUUCUGAGGCGGUUGAUUGGGACUCCCCGCACGCCGACCGGGUUUUGGACGUGGUGCCUAACAAGAAAGUGUGGGUUGUGGGCACAAUCUACCGGGAAAUGAAAAACAAACCCAACAUUAUUGACGAUCUGGUCAAAAUCAACCACGGCAUUACUCCUGAACACGCGGAAAAGUACACAACCCCGCAAGAUCUGUUCUAUAUCGAAGACGAGCACGGACGUAUGGCAAUUGCUGGUAAUGCCCUGCAUCUUUCUCAGCUUGUCACUGGCUGCGUCGUUGCUAUAUUAGGAGCAGAAAACUCCGACGGUUUGUUUGUGGUUGAAGACGUUCGUGCCGCGGGUAUAAUUCCUCCCCCGGCCAUUCCGUCGGGGGUUUCAGGGAAAAAAAUUGCCCUUGUGUCAGGUCUGUUACUCGAUAAUAAGAUCCAAGAGUCCCCAAAGUACCAGCUACUCGUUGAUUUCUUGUCUGGGCAGUUUGGUGAUGCCACAGCCGCUGGUCCUGCCUCUAAUAUUUGCCGGUUGGUAGUCGCUGGAGGGGUUAUUGCUGCUCCACCGGCCGAACUGAUUGGCUCACGAGUUCAACGGCCACAAACAGAUGCGUCUGCUGUCCAGGCUUUGGGUGAGUACAUUAGAUCACUAGCGCUGUCAAUGCCGGUACACCUCAUGCCCGGUGAGGGCGAUCCCACAGAUAUCGCCCUGCCUCAGCAGCCGUUGCAUAAGGGCCUGUUUGCCGCUUCAGCAGAUCUUAUAAAAUCUGGAGCCCUGGUGCUUGAAACUAAUCCUUUGAUGCUGGACAUUGACGGAGUCAAGUUGCUGGGAUCGUCGGGGCAGCCCGUUUCAGAUCUAUGUCGCUAUAACGAAUCAGAAGCGAUUGAGCUGUUGCAGAAAACUUUAGAAUGGCGACAUUUGUGCCCAACAGCCCCAGAUACACUUUGUUCAUAUCCGUUUGUGGACAAUGAUCCUUUUGUUGUCCAACAUGCUGCCCACGUCUGUUUCGCAGGUAACCAACCCUUUUACGCAUCGAAAAUGGCUUUGGGCACUCGCCUCUUAACUGUCCCUGAUUUCGCAUCAACAGGUCAACUGGUGCUUUUGGACAUGGAGUCACUGGAGACAGAGGUUGUAGCUUUUUCAGUUUAA